UCAUGCUGUAUCACUCAGGCGCUUGUCAAACACUCUAUAACUGCCUUGAGAUUGACCUUCAAUCGUCUAGAGGACACGUGUAUUGAUCAGAGCUGUCAACUCGGAUCAAAAUGACCGACGAAGUUUCGUUUGAGAGAAUUCAGUGCAAAACGCAGAAUGGGGUCAUCCAGCCCAUUCUUACUGAUCUGUACCAGAUUACGAUGUCAUACGCGUACUGGAAGAGCGGGAAGAUGAACGACUAUGCUGUGUUUGACCUCUACUUUAGGCGGAACCCAUUCAAAGGAGAGUUCACCAUGUUUGCCGGACUUGAAGAAGUGAUCAAGUUUCUGAAGAACUUUCACUUCUCUGAUAGUGACAUUGCGUACCUGAAGACCGUUCUCCCAGCCUACACUGAGGAAGAAUUCUUUGUGUAUCUCCGUAACCUCUCCGCCAAAGACGUUACCCUUCACGCAAUAGAGGAGGGGACAGUCGUGUUCCCUAAGGAGCCCCUGAUUGUGAUUGAGGGGCCACUGCCCAUUGUGCAGCUUAUGGAGACACCGCUGUUGAACCUGGUCAACUAUGCAAGUUUGGUUGCGACAAACGGCAUGCGAUUCCGGCUGGCUGCAGGCCCUGACAAGACACUACUAGAGUUUGGGCUGAGACGGGCCCAGGGGCCAGACGGGGCCCUAUCUGCAUCGAGAUACUGCUAUCUCGGGGGUUUUGAUGGAACCAGCAAUGUCCUAGCAGGAAAGCUCUACGGCAUCCCAGUGAAGGGUACCCACGCCCACGCUUUUGUCACCUCCUAUACCACCCUAGAAGAUCUGCAGUUCAAGGAGAUCCGAACAGACAUAAAGUGUAAGAUGUUGGUUCCCAAGGACUCGACGGAGCCUGUUGACUUUGUGGAAGUUUGUAUCAAGUGGCAGAAAAAACUGGUCGGCGUCAUUGACUUCAUUCCGGACCAGGUGAGUACCGGAGAGCUGGCUGCCUUCAUCUCCUAUGCCCAGGCUUUUCCCAAUGGCUUCCUGGCACUAAUUGACACAUAUGAUGUCAUCAGGUCAGGCCUACCCAACUUCUGUACUGUAACUAUGGCCCUGUCGGAGCUGGGAUAUCAGGCCCUCGGUAUACGUCUUGACAGUGGGGAUCUGUCGUACCUAUCUCAGAUUGUCCGAGACACAUUCCGCAAAGUUGCAAUAGCAUUUGAGCUUCAAUGGAUUGAGAAUCUGUCCAUUGUGGCCAGCAAUGACAUCAAUGAAGACACCAUACAUUCACUAAACCAACAGGGUCACCAGAUUAACAGUUUUGGUAUCGGCACCCAUCUAGUCACAUGUCAGAAACAGCCUGCUCUUGGAUGUGUAUACAAGCUGGUGGAAGUGAACAGUAAGGCCCGUAUUAAGCUGAGCGAAGAUGUAGAGAAAGUCACCAUUCCCGGCAAGAAGUUUGCCUACAGAUUAUAUGGACAGGAUGGUAAUGCUCUGGUUGAUCUAAUGGUUAAACCUGAUGAACCCCCACCGCAGGCGAACUCUAGGGUGCUGUGUAGACACCCUUUCCAGGAAUCCAAACGAGCAUAUGUGAUACCAGCAAAAGUGGAAUGCCUACAUAAAACCUGCUGGAAAAAUGGGAAGGUUCUAGUGCCACUACCCCCUCUGAGGGAUUUACGCACAAAGGCAAUGGCAUCCAUCCGUUCCCUGAGACAGGACCACAAGAGAGCCCUGAAUCCAACUCCAUACAAGGUAUCACUGAGCGCUGAGCUGUACACGUUCAUGCACAAUCUAUGGUUGGACAACGCUCCUAUAGGAGAACUCUCCUAGAUACAGUGAUUUUAGAUGCAUCUGCUAUAGAACAUCUGAUAAUAUUCCAACAUUCCAGAAUAAAAGAUAUAUUAUACCCAAUCUUCAAAAAGGAUCCUUUUAACAAACACCACCAAACCCUUUGUUAGCAAGAGUUCCGAUAUGAGUUAAUGUUCUUGGAGGUGAACAUGUGUUCAUAUAUGGAAAAAAAGCAAUUGAAAUAUCAUACAUAUGAUGCAUGAUGCCAUAAAUGUUUAUAUCUCUGUGAUAGAUUAUACGGUGUUAUUGUUGUUAAGUCUUGUGGUCGAUAUUGACUUUUAAACAACUGACAUUUUGAGUUAUGGUCCCGGUGUCAUGAAAGGUUAAGACGGGAAAAUAUUUUCCCGGCUGCAACUGACAUUUUGAGUUAUGGUCCCUGUGUCAUGAAAAUUUAAGACGGGAAAAUAUUUUCCCAACUCCAACUGACAUUUUGAGUUAUGGUCCCGGUGUCCUGAAAAUUUAAGACGGGAAAAUAUUUUCCCAACUGCAACUGACAUUUUGAGUUAUGGUCCCGGUGUCAUGAAAAUUUAAGACGGGAUAAUAUUUUCCUGCCUGAAAUUCUAUUAUCAAAUUCAACAGUUAUGAUGACAAUGCAAUAAUGUAGCAGAAAACCAUUUCUGAGUUUGAAAUGUGACUUAAGGUGUCUUAUGUACAAAUAAACUUUUAAUUUCUUUGAUAAUACAAUGAAAACUACAGGGAAAUGCCCAGUAGUUAAAAAUUAAGUUGUGGUAUCAUUUUGAAGGGUAUUGCUUACUAAUUACCGAUUACUAAUAUGUGAAAUGAAUGACCGAAAAAAACAACAUAAAGUUAUUGCAGUUUGUAUAUUUGUUCUUGCAGUUUGUAUUUUUGUUCUUUACUUCAAUUGAAAUUGGAAGUUAAUUUACAGCUUUUUCUAUUUUUGAAGCUCCAAAUAGCAUGAUUGCAAUAAUAGUAUUGGUAGAAUAUCAACACAUCAUUUCACUAUCCAUUAAACCCUUUGACAAGAUACCAAUUUAGUAUUGUGUCACAAGCCAUCAAAAUUUCACAUGAUUGUACUAUGGAUACCUUAAGUGUUUGUUUUUGAGCUGGUGCCUUAUGUCAGAAAUAAUAGAAUAUACAUCAAAGUAUCAAAGCUACAGCCUGGAUUAACACUCUGCAGGUUUUCAAUUUGCACAGGGAUUUUCAUCAGGGGUGUACGUGUAACAUUUUGAAUUGUAUGCACAUACACAUGAUAUGUGAAGGUCCUUUAUAAGUUUACAGUCUCAAUAUGUAAUAAGGAUGAAAUUUUAAAGAAUAAUAUGUACAUACAUGAAGGAAUCUUCUUAAGAUUUUUAUUGCCAUUGAUGUUUAGUUACGACAAACUUAAACAAGUAAAAAGUUACAUGUAUAUACACCCUAAAACCUUCAUUUUUUAAUCCUGAUUUUGAGAUUUAAAGACUUGAUAUUUCUUAAAAGCCAAAAUUGAUUUGUUUGCAGGACAUGAGUAUGGCCCUUAUAAUGCUAAUUUUGUUAAUGACCUUUCGUGAUGUCAAGACAUCUAAUAGUUGUCGUAGGUCAAUUAUGAUCGUUAUAGUAUUUGUAAAUUAUUUCUGAAAUUAUGCCAUUUUUGUUUUAACAUGAUACAAAGUUGAUUAAGUAUGAAAUUUUCAUAGAUAAUGUGAUGUUACCUUAACAUAAUUAUGGAUAUUUUGGUGAAACUUGAAAUAGAAUGGUAAAUUGUAUGGUAAAAGUAAAUUAAAUGAUAAUUUAUGUUGAUUUUCAAAUUAUAAAUAAUGUUUUACAUAUGUACAUUUGGAUUUGAAAUCCAAAAAAAGUUGCAAUGACCUUUCGUGAUGUCAAGACAUCUAAUAGUUGUCGUAGGUCAAUUAUGAUCGUUAAAGUAUUUGUAAAUUAUUUCUGAAAUUAUGCCAUUUUUGUUUUAACAUGAUACAAAGUUGAUUAAGUAUGAAAUUUUCAUAGAUAAUGUGAUGUUACCUUAACAUAAUUAUGGAUAUUUUGGUGAAACUUGAAAUAGAAUGGUAAAUUGUAUGGUAAAAGUAAAUUAAAUGAUAAUUUAUGUUGAUUUUCAAAUUAUAAAUAAUGUUUUACAAAUGUACAUUUGGAUUUGAAAUCCAAAAAAGUUGCAAUGUUAUGAACUGCCUGUAUAAAUGAUUGUAUGAAUUGUAAAUGUAUUUUUUUUGUAUUUAAAGGAAAUAAAACAAAACCUGUGUUUUUAUCACUGUUGUUAUAUCUUGGCAAUGCUUACAGUUCAUGCAUUUUGAUAUUUGUUCUUGAUAUUGUUUUAUGUAUUGUUAUGUUUUUCUAUUAGUAAGUUGAUAUUCAUACAUAGAUUUACAAAAUUAUUCUAUUAUUCACACUCUGGCUGAAUGUUAAAUAGUCUUUUAAAUGGUAUGAUAAUCAUUGACUGCACGAUUAUGUUGAGUGUUUUUAUUGUACAUUAACAACCAUAAUAUUUAACCAUUAAACUGUUACAAGUAGGCGGACCUUAGCCGUGCAAUAAUAAACAUGCUGGUAUAUUACACCAUUACUCACUUCUAUGCAAACUAGGUUUUGAACGUUAUCCAUGACAACAUGGUACUUACCAGUUAUUAACACCUGCUUUUAAAACUGAAGCUCUUGUGAAUAAUUUUGAAUAACUUAGGCUGUAGGUGCAGUUAAUACUAUUAAAGGCCUAGUUUAAACCCCCCAAAACUGUAUUUGUACACAACCUCUGUUAAUUGAUCUUAAUCUAAUUGCCUAAUUUUUUUAUCAGAUCUUUGAUCUGAGUAUCAUGCUGUGCAGUUUUGGAUGUUUUAUUAUAUAGAUGGACCUUAAAUGGCCCUGAGCCAAUAAACGAAUACACAGGAAAUUGGCCCCUACUGUGACACCAGUGCAAUUAGCAGAAGAUGCACAGCAGGGGAUUAUCAUGCCAAACAUUCCUUAAACUAGGCCUUUAAUAUUCAGAUUGUUGAUAUUUGAAAGUAGUUGUGAAAUAGAUGAACAUAAUUAACUCCAAUACUAUGCUGUAGGAAUAUUUUUAAGAAAGAAUCACAUUAAUAUAUAGAUCUUAGUUUACUAAAACUGAAAACUGACAAAGGAUUACCUUGUUGAAGUUAUGCAGGGUUGAACUAAGGCUUGGACCUGGUUGCUUUACAUAUAGGUUUGUUUGAAUUUAGACUUGGUUGAAAUUAGACCAAGUUCAACUUAAAUUGGAUGUCGAACUUAGACUGGAUGUUGAACUUAGUAAAAUUUAGACCUGGUUGAACUUAGGCUUGGUUAAUCUAAGACAGGAUGUUGAACUUAUACUUGAUGUUGAACUUAGUAGAAUUCAAACAUAGUUAAACUUAGACUUGGUUGAACUUCGACUUAGAUAAACUUAGACCUGGUUGAACUUAGGCUUGGUUGAACUAAAGCUUGGUUGAACUUAGGCUUGGUUGAACUUAGACCUGGUUGAACUUAAGCUUGGUUGAACUAAGGCUUGGUUGAACUUAGGCUUGGUUGAACUUAGACCUGGUUGAACUUAGGCUUGGUUGAACUAAGGCUUGGUUGAACUUAGGCUUGGUUGAACAUAGGCUUGGUUGAACUUAGACCCGGUUGAACUUAGGCUUGGUUGAACUUAUAUAGACCAGGCUGGAGUUGGUAUUGGUUGACAUAGACUUUGGUGGACUAAGACUAAUAAUGAGUGUAUGUAUUUUCUAUUUACCUUGAAAAAUUACAUUGUGAUUUGUUUUGUAAGACUUUUAUACAUAAUAUAUAUUUUUAUUGUGACAUUCUAAACGAGAUUCCCGUUGUAGCUAAUUCAUGUUUUUUUAACCCCAAAAUAAUCAAAAUACGAUAAGAUAAAAAUAUAUAUGAAUGCUUUUUUUCUGAAGCUACUUUUUGGUUUUGCAGUUUCAAGAAAAAAUAUUAUAUCAAAAUUUGAAGAUAGUAUUUAAUAAUCGUGAUUAAUUUGGUAAAACGAUGCAAAUAACUGUUACUGCUGAAGUUGUAUUAUAGAUUAUUAUAUGUAGACAUGUUUUUUGAUUGAAGUGUUUUAAUCAUAUCAAGAGCUGCUUUCAAUCUAUAGAUUAGGCAGAUACAAAAAUCUUGCACGCACCCGAAGAUGUUUGGGUAGGGUAGAACUGGGGCCAUGCAUAUAAACAGUCUUGAAUCAGUUCAGACUCAAAUGACAAAACUUCAAAUUUUCUUUUUAUAUUAACUUUCAUUGUUGUUAUGAAUUCCUGAUGAAAUUUACUGAAUUCAAAUACUAAUUGAAAUUGUAAAUUAUAAAAAAAAAAUCUGUAAAACCAAAGGAAAAAAUAUGAUUUUUUUUUAAAAUUGAAUAUAUUAAGUGCUUUUCUGAGUUCAUCUAUACUUGAACUUGAGUCUGUUCAUAACCUGCCUCCUUGUGUUUCUAUUAGAUGAUUGAUGGUUUUUAAACAUUUUUAGAAUUGUUUUCAAAGUUAUAUUUAUAUAUAGUUGAAUAGACUGGGUAUAAAAAUAUGUAAUUGAUAUUUCAAUUUUGAUGGAUUAACCAUUCAAGGAAUGUUACAUUUAUCAUUGAAUUUGUUCAUAUAUAAUUGUUAUUUUCAUAUGUUUCUUGCUUAAACAUGUUAUUCAAACAAUCACAAUCUUGAAUUGAUAAUUUAAAGUCAUACCCUACAGUAUUUUAAUACAAUUCAGGAUAACAUUAUUUUUUGGGUAAUUUUUAAACCUUUUUAAAUCUAUUAACUUUUGUAACAUACUCAUACUGCAAAAUAAGCCACAACAAAUAUAUUCAGUGUAUUUUUUCUGUAGGCUUUAGUAAGAAUUUGUGAAAAAUUAUAUUUUGAAAAUAAAGACGCCUGUUUAUUUACAAUAUUGUUUAUUUAAACAAGAUUUUCCUGCUUGUUUGUUUCUGCAAGAAAAACGUUGAGUAGUUUUCAUAGCUUUGGUGUAGGCGUGUUAAUGCAAAAAUCUUAAAAUUUGGCCAUAAGUCAAAAAUGGUUCAAGACAUUCAAAUGAAACUUGGUCUCAAUCACAAGAGACAUGUCACACUUGUGAAGCAAGACCCAUAACUCUUAAAAAGAUGAUCUUGAGUUUUAAGCUUCUGCUCAAAUAAUUAAAUAUUUAGAAUGAAAUAUAAGUUGUCAUUUGUAUAUUUUCAUGAAAUAUAUGUGAAUGUUAAACCAAGGCCCAUAACUCUCUCUAAAACUUGUUGAGUAAUGCCCCUACAAAGUCAUAACUCUCUCUAAAUUUUAUUGAGUUAUGUCCCUGCCAAUUGGCCCAUAACUCUCUCUAAAACAAAUUGAGUUAUGCCCCUUGUUCGAUAGAAAAAAACAACAGGCAAGCUGUUGUUGUUGUAUUUUCUUGGUGCAAACAAAGGACACAACAAUUAUAUACCAAGAUAGUCAAUUGGUCAGAUUUUUUAAAAAGUUAACAACGUUGAUAACGUCAUCGUCAAUGUAUACUGCUCGGGAAAUUUAAUGGACAUUCUUGUGAUCCUUUGUAUUUCUGACAACAGUUGAAACAACUGUUUGGGUGUGUUUGUUUAUAUUUAAAUACAUAAGCACAACAUCAAAAACGUCACGUUUGAAAGUUUACAACGAUGUUGUUAAUAAUGUUGUUAACGAAAUUCUGAACAAUUGGCCCAAUGUUAUUUAUUCUUAUAUGACUUGAUAUAAUAUUUUGCAAGCCAAGAUUUAUUUUAAAUAUUGUUAUUUAUACAACAGUUGAUCAUUUCUCUCAUGAUUUUUUGCAUUGUUUAUAUGGCAGCAUAGGUGUUUUAUGUUACAUUUCCUUCAUUGAUACAUUCAAAUUAAAUAUAAUGUUGUAUAAUUUUAGUAUCCAUAGUGUGCGAUAAGUGUUUGAUGAAUAGAACAUGUUAUUUACAGUAGUUACAUUUCAAUAACAACACAAUUGAAACCUGUUGGCUUGAUAUUCCUGGGACUGGCCAAAAUAAUUCGAGCCUCGCAGAUAUUGAGCCAAGCGAAAAUGCUUACAUGAAGUGAACUAAAAUUAGUCCUUUACAUAAAGUUCGAGCCAACGAGGAAAAAUCGAGCCAAACAAUAUGGGGCUAACAGGUUUCGACUGUCGUGGUACGAUCGAGCUACCGCAUAUUAUGAUUGAUUUACCACAGUAUUUUGCAACAUAUCAAGUAUCCAUUUUGAGAUUGACAAAAAUAUAUGAAUUGAAAAAGUUAUGAAAGAUAUGUAAAGAAUUGUUUUUAGAAAUAUAGAAUAAAUUUUGUGAUAAAAUUAUUUUGACUAUGAAGUGAAUUAUAUUUUACGAUUUAUGAUAACAUGUAUAGCCAUUAGCACGAUAUAACUAAUGCUGAACUAUUAAUAUGUUGGCUGUAACUGCAUGGAAUUAUAAAGCCAUUGGUAAGCCAUUUCGCCAUAUAAUAUUGCAAAGUCCAGCCAGAGGGCAUGUGCACAAGCUACUAACUAGGUUGCCGAGUUAUCAUCUCCGCAUCUUGCCAUGCGUAGGAUGAGAGCCAUUCGGAGCUCCUCGGCCAUUUUUAUCGAAAUCAAACUCGGAUGUAUUUGGACGGUUUACUCACUCAAAAAGUGGUAUGUUUAAGUCCGCUGCAAGUAGAUCGCGUAAUAAUUUUAUUUAGCAGUUAAACUUUGUGACUUAACUCUUGGGAAUCUUACCAUAAUUAUGUAAUAAUACACUUCUCUAGCAAUCAAUUUAAACGUAGAUCAAUAAAUACAACUCUAAAACACUACAUUUAAUAAAUGAUAUCAUUCAAAAACAUACCAACUACUUCGACUGAUGUAUUGGCAUACAUGGCCGAGGAGUUUCCGAAUGACCCAUGGCAAGAUGCGGAGAUGAUAACUAGGAUCUUCCAUCCAUGCUGGAUAACACAUGGUUGAUACUGUCUUGCAUUUAUAACACAGUUUUUGUACUUUCCAUCAUCAAAAGCAGUGUGUGUAUACCACGUGAUAAAUUGCGUCAUAUAUGCUACGUCGGAAGGCAAUAUUUUGCUUCGAAUAAAGACUUUAAACUAAGAUAACCACUAUUUCUUCACCAUUUUAAAUAAAACAUAGCGCAGUCGACGCCGCAUACAGGGCCCCACCUUCUUUUUACCAGAGUUUGAUUGAGAGUUUAGUUUCUUAAAACACUUCGACAAACCUUUUCACAGUACGGCCGUCUGACGGGGCACUGUCAACACAUAAUUUUGGAUGCGGGUUUGUGGAAGUGUUUAAUGAAACUAAUUAUCUUACCAAACUUAGUUAAUAAAAGGCAGGCGGGACACUUUAAGCGACAUAGACUGCCCUUUGUUUUAUUUAAAAUGGUAUAGUAAAAGAAAAGUUAUCUUUGAUAGAAGUCAUCAUUUUAAGCAAAAUGUUGCCUUCCGAUGUAGCAUAUAGGUCGUAAUUUAUCACGUGGUAUACACACACUGAAAAGCAUGCAUUGAUGUUUACAGGGUGACAUUUUUGCAGAGAUUGACUACUUCUGCGCCAGUUGUAUACAAGUUUGGUUAAGUUGCCCAGAGGCUAUUCUUUGAUAUGUUUGAACAUUUAAAUAAUUUGAUUGGUUAUAAUUGGAUAAACAUUGACCAAUCCAUUAACUUUUUGGCUAACUUAACAAAACCAAAGAAUUAACCACUUUUAUACAAUUGACUGCCAUAAUUUUAUUGUGUUCAAAUUGUUUAUUUGAAUUUUGCACUUAUAAAACGUCAUAAUUUAAAUUGCAUAUAAACAAGUACAUACAAAAUACUUAAACUAAAUGCGAGGUGUUAAACGUGACUCAUCUAAUAUAAUGGCCGAAUGUAAGAUUGAAUUCUCCAGCACUGGUCACAUGGCCGGAAACAUCUGUCCGGUACGCAUGAAAGACACUUUUUAAAAAAAAGGCGAUAUUCAAUAAUGAGACAACAAAUAAUGUUAUCUUGGAUUAGAUUAUAACUUACAUUUUCAGCCAAACAACAUUUGAUAUGUUAUAAUUUGGUUCACAGCCUGUUAAAACAUGUGUCAUGCAGUUUGAACAUAAUUGUUUAUGAUGUAACAGCGUUAUGGCUGAGAAAGGUCUCACCUGCCCCACUGGCUCCGUCUUUUUAAAAAAUAUUAUGAUUUGACAUAAAAAAAUAAACUAUAACAUAUAAAUAAUAAAACAAUGUGGUUUAUUCACAGAGAGUUAGUAGUGUUGUAUUCUCUUGUAGUGCAAUAGUAUGCCUGUCAGUAAAAUGAUACACUUAAAAUAUAGGCUAGUGUUUGUUAAAGCUGCACUCUCACAGAUUUACCGUUUUGACAACUUUGUUAUUGUUUGUCUUGGAAUGAGCCAAUUUUUGGGUACAUAUCUGCAAACUAGUGAUGAAAGACUGCUGACAAAAGAUCAGAUAACAGAUUUUCACAUUUCCGUCCGAAAAUUAAUGUUUUAUGGCUAAAAGCGUUAUUAACGCUUUAAGAAAAAAAUGAAUAAAACAUUUUUUUAACUUUAAUUUUAAAAUCUGCGAUCUUAUUUUUGUCAGCAGUCUUAUGUGACUGAAUUCAAUGCAUGUUUGCAUAAAUUGGCUGGUUCCAAGACUAAAAAUAGAAAAAAAGUUGUCAAAACAUUCAAUCUGUGCGAGUGCAGCUUUAAGGUAAAUUUACAUCCACCAUUGGGAUGCAAAGGUGUGUUAGUGCAUUUUAGAUAUUAACAUUGCAUUUUAGAGAUUAUUUCUAUCUUGUAUUGAUAUUGAGUAACCAUUUGUUAUAUUAUAAUUUUAGCAUGGAUCACAUUUUUGAAUAACACCAUAAUGAAGCUACCAUUUUGAUAUAACAUAUUAAAGGGAGGAAAAUAAACAAAACUUUACUAUGAUUAUUUAACAAAUAUAAUUAUUUGUUUCUUAAAAACACAUAGUCUAUUUAAUUUUGUAACUUUAAAAUGAUACUAAAGAUUUUUUUUAGUUUUUUAUGAUCGAUGGAUUACCUUAUGCACCAGUCAAAUGUUACCAGUUACAAUUGACUGGUGCAUUAGGCAGUUAUCAAAUAAAAAGUGAUUGGCGAAAAAUUGAUCUUAACUAAUGCAUAUUAACAAACAUUAACCUGCUUAGUGUUCAAAAUUAUGUUUUAUCUACUGACCAACCUCUGUUUAAAUCUACCGAUUCAUCUGAUUUAAAUCACCAACUGACAACUGAUUUUCCAAAAUAAAUUUACAGCAGACUUGAAAAUUACUAUCAUUCCAUUCGACAAAAUAUAAUAUCGAACACUUUGUUAUGGUUAAAGGUUAUGUGUAUGUGUUGACCAAAAUAAAUGGUUUAAUGGGAAACAGAUACAUUGAUAAAAUAUAAUCUCAAACACUAAGCGGAUUAAACUAUAAUGAAGGGUUAUAAGUAUGGGUUUAUCAAACUACAAUUGUUAUGCUUCUUGUUCGCAUUAAACCAUUUGUUUUAGUAAACACGUACUUAAUCAAACCUUUAAAGCUGCACUCUCACAGAUUUGCCGUUUUGACUUUUGAUUUUUUUGUCUUGGAAUGAGCCAAUUUUUGCGUUAAUAUCAGCAGCGAAAAAUCUCAGAUCACAGAUUUUCAUAUUUCCAUUCGAAAAGAAUAAUGGCUAAAAAGCGUUACUAGCGGGCUAAGAAAAAAAUCAUAAAACAUCAUUUUUUAACUUAAAAAUUAAAGUAUGCGCUCUGAUUUUUUUCAGCAGUCUUAUCCCACUGGUUUUGUGCGUUUUUGCAUAAAUUGGCUCGUUUCGAGACAAAAAAUAAAAUACAACUGUAAAUUUCAAAACGGCAAAUCUGUGAGAGUGCAGCUUGAACCACUGCAUAAGACUUUUUUUAUGAAGUUGUAAUUUUGACAUACAAGUUUGCAUUUUUGAUUUCUUCUUUAUAUUUUCAUUCUUUUUACAAUACAAAUUUUCAACUUACAUGAUUGAUAAACAUUCAUUAAGACCCCUGUCAAUACCUAUUUUGUUGAAAACUCAAAUUGAACUGUUUGUAGACAAUAUUUUAAUAAAUUAAUGAACUAAUUA